CUCUCUCUUCUUCUCUCUCCACCCACUCUCUCUCCUAUCCUCCUUCUCUCUCCUCGCGAGCUCCAGCUACGCGAGCCGCGCCCACCGCCUCGCGGAACCUUCUGGAGCGCGCGCGGGGUGGGGGUGGGUGUGGAGAGCGGACGGAGCGGGAACCCUAGGUGAUGCGCGCGCGGUGACGGGCCGGAGUGGGGAUGGCGGCGGAGGGGGGCGGCGUGGAGGAAGGGGUGGGGGAGAGCUCGUCCCCGCCGCGAGAUGCCGCCGGACCCGCGGGGGCGCCCACGGCGUCGGGCGGGAGCGGCGGCGGUGGCGCGGGAGGUGGAGGGCUUGACGUCUGCAGCCAGGUGUACGAGCGGCUCGUCGCCGAGGGGAACGAGGAGGCGGCCGCGCCCGACUUCCGCGCGCAGCUCGAGGCCCAUUUCAUGCGGCUUCCCCACAGCUAUCAACUGGAUAUCAAUGUUGACAAAGCUGAAGAUGUCUUAGUCCAUCAGAAGGUCUUGGCAGAAGCAAAAGAUCCUGAUAGACGCCCUGCGUUCCAUGUUCGUUUCUUGAGGAUUGAAGAAGUGGAUCCGACAUAUGACUCUGACGCAUCUGAAGAUGUGGCUGAUGAUGGUGAUGAUCUUUCUGUAAGGCAGGACAUAUCAUAUACACACAUUCAUGAGGUAGUUUUCUCCACUGUUGACAAGCCAAAGCUCCUUAGUCAGCUGUCUGCUUUGCUAUCUGACAUUGGAUUGAACAUCAGGGAAGCACAUGUUUUUUCGACAUUUGACAACUAUUCUCUCGAUGUUUUUGUUGUUGAUGGCUGGCCCAUUGAGGACACUGAAGGUUUGCACACGGCACUGGAAGCGUCCAUUUUAAGAAAUGAGGGAUCAUGGUCUGGUUCAUCUCACUCAUCAGCUGCAGAAAGAACACUGCCAUUCCAAGUAAAAGGUGGUGAAUGGGAAAUUGACAAACGCCUGCUAAAGAUGGGAGAGAUGAUUGCUUCUGGUUCUUGUGGGGAUUUGUUUCAUGGGACUUAUCUUGGUGAGGAUGUUGCUGUUAAAGUUCUAAGAUCUGAGCAUUUGAAUAAGAACGUUUGGAAUGAGUUCACACAAGAAGUAUAUAUUCUAAGGGAAGUUCAGCAUACUAAUGUUGUGCGAUUCAUUGGUGCAUGCACAAAACCACCGCAAUUUUGCAUAAUUACAGAAUACAUGUCUGGAGGAAGUCUCUAUGACUUUGUGCACAAGAAACACAAUGUCUUGGAGCUCCCAACUCUGCUGAAGUUUGCAGUUGAUGUAUGCAGAGGGAUGUGUUACUUGCAUCAGAGGGGUAUUAUCCAUAGGGAUUUAAAGAGUGCCAACCUUCUAAUGGACAAAGAUCAUGUUGUGAAAGUGGCAGAUUUUGGUGUAGCUCGUUUUCAGGAUCAAGGAGGUAACAUGACAGCUGAAACUGGAACAUACAGAUGGAUGGCACCUGAGGUCAUAAAUCAUCAACCCUACGAUAACAAAGCUGAUGUGUUCAGUUUUGCCAUUGUGCUUUGGGAACUCAUAACAUCCAAGAUACCUUAUAAUACCAUGACCCCUCUCCAAGCAGCUGUAGGUGUGAGGCAGGGAUUGCGCCCAGGGCUCCCAGAAAAUGCACAUCCCCAACUAUUAGACUUGAUGCAGAGAUGUUGGGAAGCCAUUCCAUCCAACCGACCUGCUUUCACAGAUAUAUUAGCCGAACUAGACGAUCUUCUCGCACGUGUUCAGGGAUCUUCGGGAGGGUCCAGCCAACGACAAGAUGACUCAGUUGCCAAAGAUUAAUCCCCUGCAAAUAUACCUGACGUUUCUCUCGUUCAGCGAUGGGCUUUGUUUAGGAUGUGUGGCUCACUAAUGUUGAGGAGUAGAGAGUAAUCAUUUUUGGCUUGGUUUUGUCUUUUCAUAUGCAUUUGAGCAAUCAUCUUGGGGCCUAAUUUUUUCGGUCUCAGUUCUCAUUGUUCUUACAUAGAGGAAAUUGGAUCGGCCUAGCUUGAUAUAUCAACAACCCGCGACUGAGAAUUUACCGCCCCCGCCCUCGCAUAUGAUGAAGAUUGAUGUUUUGG